UAGGACUGAACUCUAAAAUCUCUUCACUCCAUUUCCUGCCGAGGUCCAGAAAUGCAACUUUUUCUAUAGACUGUGGACUUUUUGUGGAGGACCUACUCUGUACCACACAGUUGGUAAAAGACCUCUAGGUGUGAAUUACAGCAGGAGCACAAUAAGGUCUCUGCUAUCAAUUGAAGUCUGAAGCCAUGUUGGUCACCAGUCUGGUGGCUCUGGCCCUGCUGGCCCACACAGCGUCCUCUGCCACGUCGGCCUCCCGGGAUAAAGUCCUCAGCACCCACGCCUCCCUGCUGGCCGACAACAGCGCUAGCCUGGCCUUCAGCCUGUACCAGCGCGUGGCCCAGGAGAAGGACACGGAGAACAUCCUGAUCUCCCCGGUGGUUGUGGCCUCCGCCCUGGGCCUGGUUGCCCUGGGGGGCAAGGCCUCCACCGCCUCCCAGGUGAAGAGCCUGCUGAAGGCCGACAAGCUGAAGGACGAGCAGCUUCACGCGGGCCUGGGGGAGCUGCUGAGCGAGGUGAGCGACCCCGCCGCCCGCAACGUCACCUGGAAGAUCCGCAGCCGCCUGUACGGGCCCAGCUCCAUCACCUUCACCGAAAGCUUCCUGAAGAAGAGCAAGAAGCUCUACAACUGCGAGCACUCCAAGAUCAACUUCAAGGACAAGAAGAGCGCCAUGAAGGCCAUCAACGAGUGGGGGGUCAAAUCCACGGACGGUAAACUGCCUGAGGUCGCCAAGAACGUGGAGAAGACAGACGGGGCGAUGAUCAUCAACGCUAUGUUUUUCAAACCCCACUGGAAUGAACAGUUCCAUCCGAAGAUGGUGGACGGCCGUGUAUUCUUGGCGUCCCGUGGCUUAACCAUUUCAGUGGAGAUGAUGCACCGCACAGGCCUGUAUGACUACUACGAGGAUGUGGACAACAAGCUAACGGUGCUGAGCAUUCCCCUGGCCCAUAAGAAGUCCUCGGUGGUCUUCGUCAUGCCCCUUCACGUGGAGCCCCUGGAGAGAGUGGAGAAGCUGCUGUCCGGGAAACAGCUGGACACCUGGGUGGCCAAGAUGGAGGAGAAGGCUGUGGCCGUGUCCCUGCCCAAAAUCAGCAUGGAAGUCAGCCACAACCUGCAGAAACACCUCGGAGAACUUGGUCUGACGGACGCCGUGGACAAGGCCAAGGCGGACCUGUCCAACAUCUCGGGGAAGAAGGACCUCUACCUGGCCAACGUCUUCCACGCCUCGGCCGUGGAGUGGGCGACAGAGGGGAACCCCAUCGACCCCACGGUCUACAGCUCGGACAAGCUGAAGAACCCCAAGCUCUUCUACGCUGACCACCCCUUUCUAUUCCUGGUGAAGGACCUCAAGACCAAGUCCAUCCUCUACAUGGGCAGGAUGGUCCGGCCUAAGGGAGACAAGAUAAGGGAUGAGUUAUAGCGUAUUGUUGUGACUGCAGUUCCCCCAUUUUGAUUCUGUGUUUUGGUUUGUCUAACUAUGUGUUUGUUUGUGUGUUUGUGUGUUUGUGUGUGUGUGUGUGUGUGUGUGUGUGUGUGUGUGUGUGUGUGUGUGUGUGUGUGUGUGUGUGUGUGUGUGUGUGUGUGUGUGUGUGUGUGUGUGUGUGUGUGUGUGUGUGUGUGUGUGUGUGCAUGUGCGUGUUUGUGUGUGUGUCUGAGUGAGUGCGUGGGAUUAUGUAUGCACAUGUUUAAUUUGUAAUGCAAAAUUCACACCCUUUUGUUUUAGAUUUGAUGCAUUCCUUUAACCUGUCGCGAUUCCAAUUUAAAAGUGUGUGAGCAAAAUUUUGUGCACAAUCUUAUGUUGAAACACCGCUGAAUUAUCUUGGAGCGCUUUCUGCAUCACAUGCAGCAGGAAUUUUCUUUUGUUGAACAAGAUAGAUAGAAUACAAAAUGAGUGCUUAUAUUAAGUAUAAUCUCCUGAAUAAGGGACUUGAAUAUGUGGUUUUUGGGAGUUCAAUUGGCUGAAAUUAAUAUUCAAGAUAUAGGUAGGCGAUCACAAAAGGCGAAUUGACUUGAACUAAGCGAAAAUAGGCUGUAUAUUUGGUGACCCAGUCUUACCUUGCACAUAGUAAAUACCACUCAGGGGAAGUUUUGCUUUUCUUGACUUCAAUAUGUAAUGAUGCUAUGAUGUAAGGACAUCAUGUAAAACAAUGGAUGCAUCACUUUUGAGUCUCAUGCAUCUUAUUAAAAAAUAUUUGGAAUAUUUGAUUUUUGCAAUGUUUUGUAACGUUCUAUUUGUUUAUGGCUUUUCUUGUGUUUUUUUUGUUCUUUUUGAUAACAAACGAGGAAAAAGUGAAUUCAUCUAUAGUUAACUCAAGUUUUCAUCCAUUGGAAUUUAAAGUCAAAUUCUCUAUCAAUAUUCCAAUGGGAAUUGUGUUGUCAUACUUACCUAUGCUACAUAUGCUCAUUUGUUGUUUCUACCGCCACCGAGAGGUAUGUGGCUUACUGUACAGCUACAUUUCAGAAGUUGUUUUUAAUAUCAGAGAAAUAUAAAGCGUUUUUUUUUAUUAUCAUUUAUUACACUAACAAAGAUAUUUGAGUCAUCAUUUUUAUUAUUAUUAAUAUUAUUAUUAUUAUUAUUAUUAUUAUUAUUAAAUGGGCCAACAUUUAUUUUCAUAAACCUUAAUUAACUAAAUCAAUAUGAAUUUCAUUUUAGGAACCAGUUACGUUGUCCCUCACAUAAUGAAGGCCAUGGAUUUGAGCCUGAUCUUAUGCUCCUCUGAAACACUGAACACAAAUAAACUCCGC